UUUUUUUUUUCCUCAUUUACUAUUGACAAAUUAGCACAAUUGACAGUAUACCUCCUUUUUAGCAUUAUGAUGGGUUCAUCAGAGUUAACUUUACCUUCAGAACUCGGUCAUCAUCUUACUGGCAUGGACAAUAUGUUUUUUCAACUGGAACAUCCACGAAGAUUAAUGACUAUUUGUAGUGUAUGGAUGUUUGAACAAAGAUUGGAUACAACUUUAAUAUUAGAUGCUCUGGAAAAAUUAUGUUCUCAUUAUCCAAGGUUUUGUCUUGUUCCCAAGCAUGGAUCGUUACUGGAAACACCAAUCUGGUCAAGACCACGACGCAAUUGGAAAUAUAGAGAUAAUCUUAUAUUUCAUACUCUGAAAUCGCCUACUGCUGCUUGUUUACAACAAUACACAGCUUCUCAAUAUGUGAAACCUUUUGAUGGAGACAAACCAUUAUGGGAAGUACACUUUAUCUCUGGACUAGAAAACAAUCAAUUUGCCUUUUUAUGGAAAGCUCAUCAUAGUAUGUCAGAUGGAGUUGGAAUCAUGAAAGCAGUACUAGCCACUACUACAUCCUUUGAUGCCAAAAAAGAAACAUCACAUUUAAUACAACAGUUAGAUCGAAGGAAAUCAAAACAAAUGAAUACCUACAUUUUUGGAUCAUCACAUACAUCUGACAGCAGUAAUAUUCAUCAUCCAACCAGAGCACGACGUCAUCAAAUAGCACGCGAAAGAUAUGAGCAACAUCAAUACGAAAGGGCAAGACGGAAAUUCGGCGUCCUGUGGCAACAACUAAUGGUAUGGUUUCUUUGGAGUUGGCAGUUAUGGACAAUCAUCAAGUAUCAAGUGUAUCACGAAGUAUGGACAUUAUGGCUAGUCGUGGAACCCCUCUUACAGCAACUGCAACAUGUAUUAUUACAAUUACUACUAUGUCCAUUGAUAUUAAUCUCACCGACAACCAUGAAAAGGAAACGACUCCCAAGGGCGAUGACAUACGAUGGCGAACAGACACAUGGAAAACUGAUUGCUUGGACAGAUGAUAUGGACGUAGCGGAUAUUCACAUGAUUCAACGGGCAUUUGGUGGUAAAGAAAGUACAUUGAACGAUGUGAUGUUGAUGGUAUUUGUACGUACUAUUCGACGUUAUUUACAACAAUAUUAUCGACCUCAACAACAAGCACGACCAAAUACGAACUUUGAACUUCGCAUCAUCAUUCCUUUAUCAUUUCGCUCACCUACUGACUGGACGAUGAAGAACAUUGUGACGGGCAAUAUUGUAGGAAUCGACGUUGAUUCAACCUCCUCAUCUAAAAUGCUAAAACAAGUACAUCAACGUAUGAUGACAGUCAAACGAUCACUGAUGCCUCACUUGAUGUACAGUGUUAUCAUCCAAACUAUCCUACGGUAUUUUCCUUUUUUCAUGACUUUGAUUCCUACUUGGAUGCAACACUUGUAUACCGACGUACCUCAUGCUAUUUUCACCAACAUUGCCGGGCCUAUCGAACCAACUUACUUUGCUGGACAACAAAUGACUGGCUUCCAUGUAUUACCACCUCAAACUGGAAAGGGUUCCAUCAGCGCUGGAUUGGUCUCCUAUUGCGACAAGGUCAAUGUCUCCAUGCUUACCGACAAUCAUCCGCAUUAUCCCGACUUGGCCCAUAUCCUUUGCAAGAUCUUUGUUGCCGAAUUCAAUGCCUUGGUUAUCGAAGCAAAGAUGAAACCUGAGGAUGAUAUGUCAUAGAAAUAGUGUUCAUCAUGUUUAUUAUGUAGGACCUUAAUAUAGAUGAGUGGUAUCUUGUAGUAUAGAAUAAAAAAAAAAAUUGUAGAAAUAAAAUUGGGGUAAUUUUUGAAAUAAAAUGAUGGACGAUACAAAUGAUGGAUAAUAGCUAUUAUGAUAAUAAGAAGAACAAGGCAGAAAAUAUUGUUGCCUAUUUCUAUUGAUUUGAAAGUAAUCACAAAAAAAAAAA